GAAGCAUUCUGUUAGGUUUAUUGACCUAACGAUAAUUAGUACCACGAACCGUCUCAUCAACUAUCACCACCAAAAUGUGGAAAUUUUUGUUACUUUCAAACUUUUUUUUCCAUUUGUGUGUUAUCGUAGCGAAAGGAGACAAAUACAUAGAAAAUUUUAAUGAAAUUGGAGACAUUUCGCAUUGGAGUGAACAUUCAGACACUGUACGGAGCGUUGGAAAAUCAAAGGGAAGCUUGGUCAUUCAAAAAACUGCAAAUUACCAGCGCGCAAUCUUAUUCACGCUGCUUAAUCCCCAACCGUGCGGGGCUGCUUUCGCAGGCGUACAGAAGCAAACGGCCCUUGAUUUGAGUGGCUUUAAGAGCAUUACACUCAAAGUGCGGGGACAAGGCUCUUUCAAAGGCUACAAACUCAUACUCAAAGAAGCGAGACACAAUUACUCAUUUUGCAAUUUUUUCGAAACCUCUGACGAUUUCAAAGAAGUGACGCUAGCGCUACAAGACUUUAGGCCAUAUUUUGAGGGGAAACUGGUCAAUGAAUCUGGGGUUGCUCUAGACCUGUCCAAAAUAACAUCAAUUGGGAUACAAGCAUAUGGGGGUGUCUAUUUGCCAAAGAAACAGUCAGGGGUAGGCAGUUUGGAAAUAGACUGGAUCAGGAAGGAAUAAUUAACGUCUAAAGUUUAAUUUAUAAAAAUUUAUAAAAAAAAUAAAAGAAAUGAACAAGCAGGCUGUGCUUACU